GCAAACCACUGGUGUAACAGAAAAAUAUAUAGUUUAGUUCAAACAGUUAUCCAAUAUCUUCUCUAGCGCAAUGAUGAAGGCCGUGUUCGUUUCUGUGCUCCUUCUGUUGGUUGCUACAUCCGUCAUGGCAGGCUAUCUAGGUUACGGAGGAGGAUAUGGUGGUUACGGAGGCUAUGGUGGCUAUGGCGGACUCGGAUACGGAGGCUAUGGUGGCUAUGGCGGACGCGGAUACGGAGGCUAUGGAGGUUAUGGUGGACGCGGGUACGGAGGCUAUGGUGGCUAUGGAGGUUAUGGUGGACGCGGGUACGGAGGCUAUGGUGGCUAUGGAGGUUAUGGUGGACGCGGGUAUGGAGGCUAUGGUGGCUAUGGAGGUUAUGGUGGACGCGGGUAUGGAGGAUACGGUGGCUAUGGCGGAUACGGAGGUGGACGUGGUUAUGGAGGAUAUGGUGGUGGCUAUGGCUACCAUUAAGAGAACAUUAUACCUUUCCGGUAUUAAAAAAAAAACGUGUAGCAUGUUAAGAUUAAUAUUAAAUUUCAACUUUUUUACCCAGUUUUCUUUACAAUGGUUUUUCUUAACAAUUUUUUUUGUAUAAAAUGUAACAUCGCCUUUGUUUAU